AUGCAUUCCUUGACAAAUGUCCUGAAGCGAGCAUCACGGACCAAGCCCAUCCCGGAAGAGGAAGAAGACGGUGGACUACGUCGUUGCCUGAAGACGAGGGAUGUGGUGGGCCUGGGGAUGGGCGUCACGGUGGGCGCCGGGGUCUUCAUGGCCACCGGCAAGGCCUCGGAAGAAGCCGGACCGGCUGUGGUGAUCGCCCUGCUGAUUGCCGCUUUUGGCUGUGGCUGCACAGGCUUGUGCUAUGCAGAGAUGGCCAAUUUGGCGCCAUCGACUGGCAGCUCCUACAGCUUUGUCUACCACUCUGCUGGGGAACUACCUGCCUGCAUGGUUGGAUUGACGAACAUCAUCAACAAUGUGAUGACUGGUGCUGCGGUGUCCCGUGGAUGGGAAGGAUAUUUGCGUGCUUUGCUGGUGACCGUGGGCGCACCGGUGCCCCAAUUCUUGGAAGGUUUCGCCUUCGGACCCUUUGAGAUCUCGUUCCUAGCCCCGCUGCUGCUGGGCUUCGUCAUUGCGAUCAACCUUUGUGGGACACUGGCUGUGUCGACCUUCAACAACGUGGUGACUGUGGGAUCUAUCACCAUGCUGCUCAUCUAUGUCUUUGGAGGUGCUGCGAACGUGGAUCCAGAUAACUGGGACCCCUUUAUGCCCACGGGUGUGUCUGGGGUGGCGCAUGCAGCAGGCUCCGUCUUUUUCUCCUACAUUGGCUUUGAUGUGCUGGCGACUCUCAGUACAGAGGCGACGCACAGUCGAGUGAUUCCCUUGGGCAUCGUCCUAACUCUGGCACUCUCCACCUGCCUCUACUGUUGUGUGGGAGGUGUUUUUACUGGUUUGAUCAAGUACACCGACAUCAGCAAGACUGCACCUUUGGCCUCUGCCGCGGAAUUGCGUGGCCUGCGCUGGCUGGCCUUGCUGGUGGCCAUCGGAGCGUUGGGAAAUACGCUGACCACAGUGAUCGGUUGUGUUUUGGCACAGCCAAGACUGUGCUUUGCAAUGGCCCAGGACGGUCUCCUACCCUCCAACCUCGUUCGCGUGAACCGCUUCGGCGCGCCGGCGCGCUCGCUGCUGGUGUUGUCCGUCCCGGCACUCUUCUUCGCCUUGGUCUUUGACUUCCACAAGAUUGCGGAUGUUGUCUCCGUGGGGGCGCUGUGCAUUUUUUCGUUGGUGUGUGCCUCUUUGAUCCUCCUGCGCUGCCCACGUGCUCUCCACGCCACAGGUGGCAAUUCUGCCGGCGCAGCGGCCUCUCACAGCAGCAACGAUGAGGAGCCCGUGCGACCGAGCAUGCCUGCCACCCGAAGUCCUCGCCGCGUCAUCGUAGGCCUGGUGACGUUCAGCAUCUCCAUCUUCGUUCUGGGCAUCCUCUUCCGAAUUCCAUCCAGCAGUACGUUGGCAGUUUGGCUGCUGCGUGGAUCGAUGGCAGUCGUCAUUCUUUCUGCGGCGAUCUCAGUGUUCUUUGUUUGCCUUCCCUUUCUUCAGAGCCGAGAAGACACCUAUACCUGGGCUGAACAGACCAAGCGCGCACAUGGAUUCAAGCUGCCGUUCAUGCCGGUUCCGCCAUUGAUCGGCAUUAUGAUGAAUGUGUUGCUGAUCUCACAGAUGAGUUUCCUGACAUUGAUGGAGGCUCUUUUCCUGCAGACCGUCGCUGGCGCCUUUUACUUUGGCUACUCGUUUUCACGGAGCCACCUCAACGUGACCAAGAAGACCUGGGCUCCGGUGUUUGCCAGCACCGUGCCUCCUCAAGAGCCAGAUGAUCUGUGA